GUUACUGAGCCGAAGAGGGUGUGAGUCUGGGGAGGGGCCCUGAUUGGGGCUAGGGGGAAGACAGAGGCAGCGCCCCGGUCAGAGUAAGCAGAGGCAGCACACAUCGGCCAGGUGAAGGAACACGACAGCUUCUAACUCUCCUGCCCUGAAGACCUACUCUCUUACCACCCUGGGGCCUUGACUCAACAUCCCCCCCAGGGAUGGAGCUACUUGUGGGCGUGAAAAUUGGCUGCCUGCUAGCCCUGCUGACUCUCACUCUGUUCUGUGGCAUUAUUCCUGUCUGCUUCAGAUGGUUCCGGAUCCAUGCAGCCACAGCAGGGAAGCACCGCCGGAUCCUCACCCUCCUAGGUUGUAUAUCAGCAGGAGUGUUUUUGGGAGCAGGGCUUAUGCACAUGACAGCUGAGGCCCUGGAGGGCAUUGAUUCAGAGAUCCAGAGCUACUUCCUUCAGAACAGGACGAGAAAUGAGGGAAAUUCUUCUGACACCACUGAUUCAACUGAUGUGGAUUACCCGUUUGGGGAGCUCAUCAUCUCCCUAGGCUUCUUCUUGGUCUUCCUGUUGGAGUCACUGGCACUGCAGUGGUUUCCUAGUGGUACCAGGGGGUCAAAAACAUGUGAGGAGGAAUGGGGUGGGGCCCAUGCUGCCCAUUCCUCAACCUUUCACAGUCAUGGACCCCUGCCAUCACCCUCUCAGAGGCCCUUUAGGGCUCUCGUUCUCUUGCUUUCACUCUCCUUUCACUCAGUGUUUGAGGGACUGGCUGUGGGGCUGCAGUCUUCAGUACCAGCUGUGCUGCAGCUUUGCCUGGCUGUCCUGGCACACAAGGGAUUAGUGGUAUUUGGGGUGGGACUUCGACUGGUGCAGUCAGGCACGGGGCAACGAUGGGCCCUGAUCUCCAUCUUGGCAUUGGCCCUCAUGUCCCCCCUUGGCCUAGCUUUGGGGAUGGCUGUGGUUGGGGAAAAUUCUGAGGGGGGAAGGGCCUUAGCCCAGGCUGUAUUAGAAGGUGUGGCAGCUGGCACUUUCCUCUAUGUAACCUUCUUUGAAAUUCUUCCCCGGGAACUGGCCACCCCUGAAUCCCCUCUAGCAAAAUGGGGUUGUGUGGCAGCUGGUUUUGCCUUCAUGGCCAUAAUUGCCAUCUGGGCAUGAAUUAUCCCCCACUCCAAGAGAUUGUCCUUAUCCAGGUAACUAGCCUGAGUGAACAUCCCCCUCUGAGCUGGCCCUACUCCUGAGACAUUUUUAUUGAGCCUUCAUGCCAUGCAUCCAGCACCAUCCUCAUAACUGGAUUCUAAACUUCCUUUGCAGGGUCUUUGCUUGGGUCACCCAGCUCUGAAGCAGGAAAGAGCUUAGGGUGGCAGGUAGAAAGCGAGGGGGUGGGGCGCGGCAGAGAAAGGGAGGGCAGGAGAAGGAAGAUGGACCUUUUCUGCCUAUUGCCCUAGACUUGGAUAUCAGCACCACCUACGGUACCGUGUGUAAAUAAACGUCAGUCCUCCUUCCA